AUUACUUGCGUUUGAAUCAAAUAUUUUUUAGAAAAAACUUUUUCAUAAUUAAAAUAUUCUGUAUUUUAAAAUAAACCAUGAAAGCUUUUCUUAUUAUUAUAAUUUGUAUUCUUUAUUUAGUUGCAUGUAUUUGUUCAGAAAUUUGGUAUUUGGUAAUUUUACAUAAAAUUGGAGGUUAUGAUUCUGGAAUAUAUCCAGGAAAGGCUUAUUUGAUAUAUUCAGAUACUUUAUAUUUUAUUGGAAUUCUUUUUUCAUUAAUAUUCAUAUUAUUUUGUGUACAUGGUAGCAGUAUUACUAACACCAAUCUAAUGAUGCCUAUUGUAUCUAUAAGCUGGGUCAUUUUUAUAUCUAAUACGAUUAUUAAUAUUAUUUCGUGUAAGUUUAUAUAAAUCUUUAUAAUAAAUAAUUUAAUUAUAUUAUUUCUCUUUAUUAAUAAA